AUGGCCAAGCUGGCGGUGAUUAUGUGUGUUGCCAUUUUGUUGGCCACGGUAGAGCAUCGUGUCGAGGCGACCGUGGUGCGAUUGCUAACUGAUUUCAUCCAAAACAACGUCGCUGGAAUUCCGCUGAUUCACAAAACGGAGGAGUACGAUUUCGAUCCAGAAAUCAGUCAAAAGCGGCGCGAAAUGUAUUACGAGCUACAUGGAUACCGUGGAGAAAAAGUAAUCGAGCGGCUAGGUCUCGGCAUUGACGGAAAGCACCACGAACGGCUGGCGUAUCAGAGGCAGCGCGACGAUGGACACCUGCAGGGUCUCAACUAUCUGCGGCCUUAA